GCCGGGGCGGUGCUGCAGCCUCUCCGCCCGGCACCGCCGCACCGGGCAGGCAGCGGGCGGCAUGAGCGCCGCGGGGGCCGCCCCCGGCACCUUCCCCCGCCGCGGGCCCCGCACCGCCGGGAGCAGCCCCGAGCCCGGAUCCGCGUCCCCCGGCGGAGAGGAGCCGUUGCAGAAACGACAGAGAACCGUAGAGGACUUCAACCAGUUCUGCACCUUCGUUUUGGCCUACGCAGGCUACAUCCCCUACCCUGAAGAGAAUGAGCCCUGCACCCAUGGAGGCAGCAUGAGUCCCCAGAACAGCACGGGGAGCACUCAGGACAGCGAUAGCUGGGCCUCGUCCCAUUCCUCUGACUACCAUGUCCUGAUGGACAACGGGAGGAGCAGGAACGCUGUGGCCAGGGGUCCUGUAGAUAACAGCCUGCUCAUGAGCUGCCCUGCCUUCCCCACUGGUUUCUAUGAUGUCCGGCCCCAGCAAACCAAGCGGAAGAAAACAGCAGCAAAGAAGCUCAUUUUGGAGCCAAAGGUGGAGAAGAGGGUGCCACUCAGCACAGGGAAGGGCUUUGGGGCAGAGCAGGAUGGGGUGAAGGAGCUGGCUGUGCUGGAGGGGCAGGUGUCUCCUGUGAAAGAGCAGCUCCUGGAGCCCUCCCUCAACCCAGCUGGGGACCCCCAGCCCAACUCUCUCCAUGAGGAGCUGAUUAAAGAGGAGAAGGACUGGAUGCAUGGAGCGCAGGGGACCGAGAAGCCAGCAGGAGAUGAUCCUCAGCUACAGGAACAUGAACCCUGCUCUGGAGGGAGGAAAAGCCCCAGUUCUUGUAGUACCUUGGACCAAAGCGAAGGGGAUGAUGCAAGCCGAGGGAGCUCCCAGCUUAGUGCAGUCGAAUUUGCAGCAGCUCCCAACACCAAAGCAGAAGAUGAUGAUGCCUGGGAUCUGAUCACCUGCUUCUGCCUGAAGCCCUUCGCAGGGAGGCCCAUGAUCGAAUGUAAUGAAUGCGCUACCUGGAUCCACCUCUCUUGUGCCAAGAUCCGCAAAUCCAAUGUGCCUGAGGUUUUCAUCUGCCAGCGAUGCCGCGAUGCCAAGCAGGAGAUUCGCCGCUCGAACCGAGCUCGGAUGGUGCCCCGCAAGCGUUUCUGUGACUGAAGCUCCUGCAGAGCAGGAAGGCUGGGGGUCCCCUUUUUAAACUGAAGACUGUAGCCCGGUUUGGCUAGACAAUCAAUGCACAGAAAUGGCAGGGAGGGUCUGGGCUGCGAGGCUGGACUGUCUUCCUUGCACUUCUGACACCUGGAAGCUGACGCAUGUCCUCCCUGUGGAUCACGUUGGCCACGGAGCUUGGUUAUUCCAGAGGAGUUGGCGGAAGAGGAGGGUGGUCCAGCUGCACACUAGGUCACUCUAAAACAUCUCUGUCCUUGCACAAAGCUGGCUUAGUACCUUUCCUCCAGGGCAGCCAAGGAGAACCUAGUCCUAGUAGUUUUUCUGUGGUGUGGUGGAAGCUUACACUUAUUCCUCUUUAUUUUCUCACUGUUUUCUUUUCCCUGCCUCAGACCAUUGGAUGGGCUGCAAUGGCGAAAACCUGGUGACCCAAGUUCUCCUCCAGCAAGUAGGCAUGGCCCAGGCAAUCUCCCUCCAUGCCAGGGUGCCACUUUCCAGGGUGUGAGGAGAAGGGACAACAGUCCUGCUGAUGCCUGAAGUAGACUGGGGCUCUGUUCUUGGAGGUAUUAGUGGAGCCAUCCGUCAUGACUCCAUCAGCCUUGUAGGCUGCACAGGGAAGGCCCUUCCCUUGGCCCAUGGUGCUCCUGGUUUCGUUUGCUGUGCCUGCAGCCCCAGGAUAGUCUUGUUGAGUCAGGAGCAGCAAAGGCAUCCUCUAGUAGAUGAUUAUAAAGGGUGUUCUUGCCGAGCAGCCCUCCUUGGUUCAUGUUCUCCAGUUGCACUGAAUUUUCCUGUGUGAAGGGGGUCUGGGAUUCCUAGUAGGAGACUGACUUUAUCCUCAAGAGCUGGCCAUGGCGGGGCUGGGAGCCCUUUAGAAGGGGAGCAGGAGAGUUCUUCGGUCAGCUUUCCAUACUUUCCACUUCCAGUUUAAAACAACUGAAGCUUUUGCACCCUGUGGCCAUCUCCUGCCCGCAGUGCUAUCUGGUGGAGCGUCUGCUUCACCACCAGCUGGAUACUGAGACAUAAGCUCAGAUGGAGCUGGGAGGACCUUGCCUUCCAGCACUCCCUCCAUCACAGGAGUUGGUUGGGUUUGUUUUCCUGGACACAGAGUGAAAUCUGAUCACUUACCAAGAGUGGGCCUUGAGCUCCUUCUGCUAUGCAACUGCUGCUCCAGAGACACGGGACAUGCCCUCUCCAGGCCCCUGGUUAAGUUUGGCAGUGGAAAGUUUAUUCCCCCCUCUGUCUCCUGUGUGCAGUGUGUGUCUGUGAUCUCCCAGAGCCCCACGUGUACUAACUGUUGGAUUUCACUCCUCGCAGCCCCUCCAAAGAGCCUGGCCCACGUGCCUUCUGCACUUUCCCUGGGGGACACAGACCCUGCUGUCCCGGUGACACUCAGCUCAGCCCCUGGUGUGCUGCUGCCUGCAGGGGGGGGAGUGGGACAGCCCCCACUUGCCAGUCCCCAUGACUAUAUUUCUUAACUGGGUUCUUUCCUACUUGCACAUCUGGUUACUGUUGGACCACAGCUGGGGGAGGGUGUGGGGCAGCCCCCUGCCACUCAGCAGCCCCCAGGCUUGUCCCUGUGCCUCUCUCCUCCUGUGGAAAGCCUGGGCCCCAAAAGUGCUUUAUGUUUUUAUAGUUACUUUGUAUUGAUAUGUAAAAUAGCAAAUUCUGGUCCUUGCCCUGUGGAGUGUGGCUGGAGUCUUAUGUAUAUAAUAAAGUACUUUUGCCAUAAUGGUGGUCGCUU